CCCGGCGGGCGGCGACGGCGGACCCGAAGCCGCCCGAAGCAAAGCAAAGCAAAAGAAGAAAAGCUCAGUUCCUCUCCCGGAGAGUUAGACGCCGGUUGUGUGUGCCCCGUGCGCCCUGUGUUGUUGUCGUGCGCGUCUGUUUGUGUACAUUGUGUGAGUGUGUGUGUGCGCGGGCGCAUGUAUGUGUGCGUCUGCAGGCUGACGCCAAAGUGCAAGUGAUCUCGUCCAGGAGGUGCCAGGGUGCGUCCCGUGCAGUCCUACGGGAGCCCGUGCUGCCCAGCCCUGGCUGGCUGGCUGGCUAACUUGUUGCUGCAGCAGCUGCAGUCGCUGUGCUCUGCGGGGCGCGGGGCUGCGGCCGCUGCCGGGGCCGGGGCCCUCUAGGCGGUGUGGUGGAGUGGAGUGGCUCCAGGGAAUAAAAAGAAAAUAUCAAAGAAAAACACACAAUCAAGGAAGAUGGCGCGAAGAAGGCCGUGAACCUGAAGACUGGAUACUUAGGGGCUUUGGAUUAUUUUCUGCCCGGACCAAUUAAAUCGCCACCCUGUUUUGUGUUCCGAAACACCGUGGAUCGUCCGCACCCAGCGACGAUGUAAGUUCGUCCGCGGCCAGGGAAGAUUAUGGACACCCUUUAUGCGUGCAUCCAGGUGAGUGUCACCGACCCGCGCGGCCUCCCCGCCUGGACUCCUCCGUUGCCGUUGGGUUGACAGACCGGAGCAAUGAGCCCGGUGGGGCGCAGCUCGCGCGAGCGGGCCAUGCAGGCCGUCGAGUACUACAACAGCUCGGUGCUGCGUGCGCGCGCGGGCGCGGGGCUGGUGGGGCCCGGCCGGGCGGGUCAGCUCGCGCCCGCCCCGCACCCGGGCCACCCGGGCCACCAGGGCCACCAGCAGCCGCGACCCCUGCACACCAAUGAGGCCCUCUACCGGAGCAACUCGAGCCUCGAGCUGGCGCCCGAGCACGGCCACCUCCACCAGCACCACCCGGGCUCCGGCGGCGGCGUGCUGCGGCGCGAGUAUGGCAGCCACGGCUCCAUCGACGUGAUCGCGUCCGGGCCGUGCCCGCUGUCGCAGAACAACCUGUCCACCAGCGAGAGCUUCUUCGCCAUGCUCAAGGACUACCGGCCGGCUGUCCUCGACGGCCACGGCCGCUCCCCCGUGUCGGGCCACGGCCACGCGCCCCACAACGGCGCGCUCAACGGCGGGCACAACGGAUCGCACAACGGCGCGCUCAACGGUGGGCACCACGGCGGACACCACGGCGGCUCGGCCGGGCACUCGAUGCCCGACGGCCCCAUGUCGGUGGAGGACGCGCACUCGCCGUGUUCGGACAGGAACAACAGCGCCACCAACACGAGCCCCAAGCUUCGCCUCAAGCUGCACCGCUUUUGGGGCGGCGGUGGCGCCAGUGGCGCCAGCGGGGCGCAGACCAACGGCGCCGUGGCUCCCGCGGUGUCCUCCGGGAGCGCGCCGCCUCCGUCGUCCGCGCCGGCCGCGGGCCCCGCCGGUGCCAACGGCGCGGCCCAGGGCAAGCCGAGCCGGAGCAGCAGCGGCGCGAACGUGGCGGCCGAGGACUCGGCGGUCUCGACCUGGGGCGCGGCGGCCGUCGCCGUGGCCGUGGCGGGCGACGCGGACAGGGAGAGCCGGCGGCGCUGCGCCGCUUUCGCGCACUACGACGUGCAAAGCAUCACGGCCAACCUCAGCUACGCGGCCAGGCUGCGGGGACUGCUGCUGGCGCGACGCAGGAACACCACGACGGGAGCCUCGGCCGCCUCCAUGCUCGGUGCUCCGCGCUCCACCACGCCCGACACGACAACGUCUGGCGUGGACUCAGGCGACGAGGACCUCGGCGAUGGCAACGCCAACCACCUGCUGGAGAACUGCCCCUUCUUUCGCAACGAGGUGGGUGGCGAGGGCGAGCGCGUCGUGUCGCUGACCCGCUGCAUCCCCGUCGGCGCCGCCCCCACCCCGGGCUCCACCUCCGCCCCCGGGUCCGCCCCCGCGCCCCUGCACAGGCCCGCGCUCGCGUGCGGGGUGUCGGUGCUCGAGUUCCCCCCCGGAGAGACCCACUGGAAGCCCGGCAUGGGCUGUUGUCCCUACCAGCGGCCGCCCCCGCACGCCGCCAUCGAGAGCGUGGACCAGGGCGCAUUGUACUACAGGCAGUUUUUCUAUGGCCAAGAGCACCAAAAUUGGUUUGGCAUGGAUGACACACUUGGUCCAGUUGCUGCCAGUAUCAAGAGGGAAGUAGUGGAACGCCCUGGGAAGUUAUCUUCAGACUCAAGUGGUGGUGCGCCACCCCAACCGGUGUAUCAAUAUAGAGUGCUUAUACGCACUAGUGAGCUGCUAACUUUAAGAGGUUCAGUUUUGGAGGAUGCCAUUCCAAACCUCAAGACUACCAGUAACAACAAUAACAAUAAUAAUACAAAUAAAGAUAAUAAUAAAGCUAUGAUGAACACUAAAGAGGUUCUAGAAUAUGUUGCACCCGAAUUAAACUUGCCAUGUUUAAGACUGGGUGUUGCAUCACCUCAGACAGAAGAGCAGUUAUUGAAAUUAGAUGAACAAGGGUUAUCAAACCAUUACAAAGUAGGUAUUAUGUAUUGUCGAGCUAGCCAGGGCACUGAAGAAGAGAUGUACAACAAUGAGGAUGCUGGGCCAGCUUUCCAAGAAUUUUUAGAAACAAUUGGACAACGUGUUCGCCUGAAAGGGUUUGAUAAAUACAAAGCAGGACUUGACAAUAAGACUGAUUCUACAGGACUUUACUCUGUUUAUGCCCAGUAUCAAGAUUGUGAAAUAAUGUUUCAUGUUUCAACAAUGCUUCCUUUUACACCUAAUAAUAGACAACAGCUUCUAAGAAAGCGCCAUAUUGGUAAUGACAUAGUAACUAUAGUAUUUCAAGAGCCUGGUGCUCAACCUUUUACACCAAAGAAUAUUCGUUCUCAAUUUCAACAUGUUUUUAUCGUCGUGCGAGCAAAUAACCCUUGUUCUGACAACACUCAGUACAGUGUGGCUGUAAGUAGAUCAAAAGAAGUUCCAAUUUUUGGUCCACCUAUUAAAGAUGGAGCUACAUUUAGGAAAGGAAAAGCAUUUUCUGAUUUUCUUUUAGCUAAAGUUAUCAAUGCAGAGAAUGCUGCUCAUCGUUCUGAAAAGUUUGCAACAAUGGCAACUCGGACAAGGCAGGAGUACCUGAAGGAUCUUGCCAAUAAUUAUACUGUUACCACAUUAGUUAAAACUGGACAAAAGUUCUCCAUGCUUUCAUUUAGCAGUAAAAAAAGCAAAGAUAAGGAUAGAGCAUCAGCAAGACCUGCUCGAUUUCUACCUGAUGCAACUCAGCGGGGAGCACUUUGCUGGCAAGUUGUUUUAGAAGAUAGUGGGCAAUCAGCUCUUGUUGACUGCUUCCUCGCAAUAUCUGCAGAUUCUGUGGUUUUAGUUGAAGACAGAAGUAGAGAAGUAGUCUUUGUUACACCUUGCUCCUCAGUUUUAGGAUGGGCAGCAAAUGGAAAUAGCUUGAGAUUAUACCACCAUCAAGGGGAAUGUACUCGACUACAUUUGAAGGAGUCAGGGGGAACAGAAUUAGUUGAGGUGAUGGUUAGACUAAGAAGUGUGACAUCAGGAAGUGUAGCUCAAGAACUAGCAUUACGGCGGAAUAACAUGGGACAACUUGGCUUCCAUGUACAGCCAGAUGGUGUUGUUACACAAGUUGAAAGUCAUGGUCAAGCUUGGCAAGCUGGCCUUCGUCAAGGUGCCCGUUUAGUAGAGAUUUGUAAAGUAGCUGUUUCAACCUUGUCCCAUGAUCAAAUGGUUGAUCUACUCAAAACAUCAGUGCUGGUCACAGUUACUGUCAUUCCUCCUCUUCAUGACGGAUCCCCCAGAAGGGGUUGCAAUUUACCCAAUUGUAAAUACAACGCUGAAAAUUAUGAGGGUGAUUAUGAAAAUCUUGCUAAUGGAAAUGAAGAAGGAACUGUGGCUUCGCCCGUGGCAGGAGGCCUGCACAAUGGUAAAAAUAGUCCUCGCAAAGGAUCAGCUCAACUGCAACAGGUUGUCCCAGGCAACCACCGCCGAAGAUAUGAAAGGAGCUUUUCUCCACCCAGAUCUAGUAAUAGUUCAGGAUACGGAACAGGAAGUAGCAGCAAGUCUUUUACAGGAGUUGACAGAUUCUCAUCCUCAGUCGAGGGUGCGUUGACAAAUUGUUUGGGUGGACAUACUGAUGAUCGGUGGUAUGAGCUCUUAGAAUCAUCUGAUACAUCAGAUCCACCAAGACUGUCCCGUGAAUCUCCACCACCUUUACCAGCAAGGCUGGGUUCUACUUGUGCAAGUGCCUUCCAGCUGGUUACCCCUAAUGGGCAGGGGAAGGCUAAUGCUAAUACUGGCCCUGUUCAUCACAACAAGGUUCAAGUCAGCCACUCGCUGCCAUUGCCUCAUGCAAACUACUCACAACCCUUGGCGAUAUUACCAUCGAAGACCUUCAAAGUUGGGGACAGGGUGCGAUGCGGUGACGCAUCAGUUGACAGGAAUGCUUUCCCCCGUCAUGAAAAUGCCAAGAACAGAGGCUCCAAGGUUGAUUAUUCGGGCAUAAGUGAUAUGAGUAAGUCUGCUAGUCUUCCCUUAGAAGUGGCAAGUGCUGGUCUGCGAGGCCUUGUCAUAAGUGAUGGUCACUCAACAGACACAAGUUCAACCAGUGAGCGGCUGUGUGGUGUUCACAGUGAAGACGAUUUGUCUGCCAGUAGUAACAGCAUGUCACCGGGUAUACGCCGGGCAAGUAAACUGUCAAAUUCAUCGGUCACUCCUACUCCAUCCAAUAGCAGUCGAAACCAAAGUCCUCGACCACGUGAUGCGGGUGAAGCUCGUCUUCGGCCAGGAGUAACUCCCCGGUCUACUCAGAGAAACAGUGCCAACUUACAUAAUUCAACCCUUCAGGAGGAUCUCAUGAGACUUAUCAACCCUGAUUAUAUGGCUGAUGAAGACGGUACUAGCAGCCAUGAAAAAAACACAUCAUCACUUGGAAAGAUCCGUAGUAGUGGUAUGGGCAGUGUUGGUAGUUUAGGAAGCAUUGGGAGCGCCAAUGGAAAUACUCCAGACAACCUACCUCACGCCAAAUCAAGAUCACGAGAAAAUCUUUGUGGAACAAGUAGUUCUGUGCUGGAACCAACUCCUGCAACCGCACCUGUUGGAGGAGAACCUCCAAAUGAAGUUAUUCUUACUACUGCUCGACCUGCUACAGUUAUUUCAAAUGCUUCAACAGCCUCAAGUCCAGCCCCCAGUGAAAUUAAGCUGACGAAAGAGGAGAGGUUGUCACCUCGAGUUUCAAAACCAAUAUCUAACAACGGAGGCUGCAAAUCAUCAUUGUCCUCUCUUUCACCACUGCCCCUUCCUGAUACCAGAGAUAUGGAUUGGCCUAGUCUUGUUGACACUGCAACACGUGCUAUGCUGAAUGUUGCUGAAAAUGUGGAGAUUGGAGAUGGAAACAGUUCUUCAAACAAUGAGCCCCUAGCUAAUUGGGUCGAAGAUGUUGCCGAACGAUUGGGCCUGGAUAGAAGUGGUGGAAUACGGAGUGUCUCGGACCUGGAGAGACAACUCACUCAAUUGCAGGCACGGUUAUCACAUGAAACUCACUUGCGUCGCUCUCUGGAAGAUGAAGUCAGGAGACUUCGUGAUGAAAAUCGCCGUUUGCAUGAUGAGUCCCAAGCAGCUGCGCAACAGCUUCGUAGAUUUACUGAAUGGUUUUUUCAAACUAUAGACCGCCAGUAAUGUUGGAUUUGUUAUUCAUUCUUUUAACAAGCUCAGAUAUUGCUUUCGGAUGUGAUUUUUUCUGUCAUCUCCAUGAACAAAAGUAAUAAUUGAAGCAAGAAACUGUCUUUAACUAUUCCCACCUAUACACAGUGAUUGCACAGUUUUCAUGAAAAUGACCAAACAGCAGUAUUUCACUAUUAAAUGAAUACCUGUAUUCUUGAUCUCCAUUAAGUCAGAUCUUUUUUAUAUCUCCUUACUAUGUUACCAUUGUCUUUGGUAUGUGAUUUCUUUACUUCUUCCCUUCUUAAGUGCACCAGUUCAAGUAAAGGUUUUGAACAUGUUUUACCAUGUUUUCUUGUGAAUUAUGUGUAAAGUGUAUAUUAGAGUGAGCUACACCUCAUUUGUAUUAUUGUAUAAUAUCAUAUUUGUAUAUAAGUAGAAAUUCUUGCAAGAUAUGUGAUCACCUGAUGAUGACUGAUUUAAUAUUGCUCAUUAAACCAGGCUGAAUAUUUAACCUCUAUGGUAAUACAUUGCACUUAAGAUACUAUAAUUGCAAAUGUAAAACCUCCACAAGCUUUCAGAGUAAUUUAACUGUUAGGUGUGCCAAAAUGUUAUCUGGGGAAAUAGCAGUGCUGUCAGUCUCUCAUGGAAAAUGUCUAGUCCUUGUUCAAGGAGUCAUUCAAUGUAUAGUAACUCUUUAGUUAAUCAAAAAUGAUUUUAUACACUCUAUAUUUGCGUUUUAACACUAAACAAGUAUAUAUCUAAAAUUUAGCCUCAGUCAGAUUAGAAUUCAUGAUUAUCAAUAAACAUCUGUUACCUAAGCUGAGUCAUUGUGGACUCUGUGAUUUACAUUUAUGUCCAUGUUGAAAUAGUUUUUGAUGUCAAAAGUGAUAAGGUAGCAUAAUUUCACCGUAGGAAUUCAAACAAGGACUUCCAAGGAUUUUAUUUCAUUCCCGAUCGUAAGCUAUAAAUGUAAGUUGUUUCUGUGCCUUGUUCCAUGUCUUGCUACAUCAAUUGUUUAAUAUGAAGCUAUCAACUUGUUCAACUUUCCACAAUGUGUAUUCACAAGUAAACCAGCAGUAUUUAUCAUUAUACAAAAAAUGGAACACAAGUCUCAUUAUUCUAGUUCUUUCUUAUAAGUGUGUAAGAGUAGAGUAAUAUUACCAUUCUUAUAAAUCUUUUUACGUAAACCAAAGAGACACAUUCAAAAAGGGCUAUACUGAAGUGUAUGUGUAUAAAUAUAUUUUUGUAAAAGUAA